UACACGAAAAGAUUUCCACCCUCUUCCCCCUUUGUGUAUAUAUACAGGCCCACCAAGAUCCGGGUUCUACGGAAUCAGGAAGGAAACAAACAUUAUACGAUAAUUGAGAGCACUGAGAGACUGAGAGAACGAUUGAGAGGCAGAGAUGGCGAUGACCAAGGCCAAGGAGCUCGUUUCUUCCAAUUCUGUUGUCGUUUUCAGCAAGACGUACUGCCCCUAUUGCACGAGCGUGAAGAAGCUUUUGGAUGAAUUGGGUGCCAAUUAUAAGACCGUGGAGUUGGAUACUGAGGGCGAUGGAAGUCAGGUACAAUCAGCAUUGGCAGAGUGGACUGGACAACGAUCUGUGCCGAAUGUUUUCAUCAGUGGCAAGCACAUUGGUGGCUGUGACACAACAACAGGCAUGCAUAAGGAAGGAAAGCUAAUUCCUCUGCUCACUGAAGCUGGAGCUCUUGCUAAGGCUUCUGCUUAAAAGGAGUUACAAUUUUCUAGUUGAUCAAGUAUUAGUAAUAAAUAACAACUGUGUAUUUGUUUGGUUUAUGUUGGUGCAUAAAGCUACCAAGGCUACUUGAAUCAUAAUGAAUACAUAGUUGAAUGUGUUUGGAUGA